AAUUCUAGAAUCUGACCCAUUACUCCAAAGCACUCCCAUUCUCUCUUUGCUUUCUCUAUAAUCCUCUGGUACAAACAUGUCCACCACAUUGUUCUCCUGUUGCACUAGCUUUUCAUGGAACUGUUAUCGGCAACAACUAUCUUUUUCUUCACCGGAAAAUGGAAUUUCAAGAUCCAAAACCCAUCCCACUUCAACAGAAAAUGGAUUGAUUGGUAAGGAGAAAGACGUUUCAUGGGGGAUUUUGAGCCGACGGUCCCUUUUGAUUUCUGGGAUCUCUCUAUCGUCAUCGUCUGUAGUUGGAUUUCCAGAUGAGGGUUUAGCCGUCGUCAAACAAGGUCUUCUAGCAGGAAGGAUACCUGGCUUGUCUGAGCCCGAUGAACAAGAUUGGUGUACUUAUCGAAGACCAGAUGAAAAGUCAGGAGGGCAUGGUGUUGGAUGGAGUCCUAUCAUCCCUUAUUCCUUUAAAGUGCCUCAAGGUUGGGAAGAGGUUCCCGUAUCGAUAGCUGAUUUAGGCGGUACAGAGAUAGACUUGAGGUGUGCUAGCUCGAAACAAGGACGGUUGUUUGUCAUUGUUGCACCUGUUCUGAGAUUCGCUGACAACCUUGGUGACAAUGCCACGAUUCAAAAGAUUGGACCUCCUGAAAAAGUUAUCAAUGCGUUUGGUCCGGAAGUGAUCGGUGAAAACGUAGAAGGCAAGGUUCUAAGCAUGAACACAGCGGAGCAUGAUGGCAGAAUGUAUUACCUGUAUGAAUUGGAGCCACCCCACGCACUGAUCACUGCAACUGCAGCUGGUAAUCGCCUUUACCUAUUCAGUGUAACUGGAAGUGGUCUUCAAUGGAAAAGGCAUUACGAGGAUUUAAAGAAGAUAGCCGAGUCUUUUCGUGUGGUCUAGUUUCCGGUAUCCCAGGAUUAUGACAUCAGUAGAUUAUUGGACAUGGAUAUUUUUCCUCUGUAUUCAAAGUUACAACAAAAAGGAGAAGAAAAAGAGGUGUAGUUGCUUCACAGAUCUAAAAUGUGCAACUUUUUUCUAGUAUGAUUUUUGUAGAAAAGUUAUAUAGCUUGCAUGAGUGG